GUUGGGUAUAUUGAAAGUCUCGUGCAUUGAUGCGCGAUAUGACGUGAUUUGCCUCCAUGUUGAAUAAAAUGAUGGGAGUGCACACAAUUUGACAGAUAAAUCAACGAGUAGAAACCUUUUCGGUAUAGCAGUUGAUGACAUUUUUCGCACAAGCCUUAUUCGCUCGGACAAACUCAACUGCCGCUCUGAUCUCCGUAGAGGUAUGGAGAGCCACGGUGAAGUGCCCGGGGUUAUGAGUGAGAGUAAGCGCAUAGAAGAGAUAGGGAAAAUGACGUCCCUGUCGCAGGAGGACAUCAUGUCCAACACCAAGACUGUGAUCCAGGGCCUGGACACACUCAAGAACGAGCACCAGCAGAUCCUCAAUGGCCUGCUCACCUCCGUGAAGAGCAUCAAGAUGGAGAACGGGGACACGAACCUCAUGGACGAGAAGACCAACAUCCUGAGGAAGUCCUUGGAGACCAUAGAACUGGGUCUGAGUGAAGCACAGGUCAUGCUAUCCCUGGCCCAGCAUCAUGAACAUGUUGAAGCCGAGAAACAGAAACUGCGGGCCAAGGUGCGGCGACUGUGUCAGGAGAAUGGCUGGCUGAGAGACGAGCUGGACGCUACACAACAGAAGCUGCAGUUCAGUGAGCAAAGGGUGGCAACUCUGGAGGAGGAGAAGAAGCACCUGGAGUUCAUGAACGAGAUGAAGAAAUAUGACACCAAUGAAUCUCAGAAUCCUGAUGAAAAUAAAGAACAGUCUGAGUCCAGCACGUCACAGAACCUGGACCUGGGAUUCCCAGAGGAUGAUGAGGAACCUAGCAACCCAGAAGCCCUGUCGCCCUCCCAGCCCAGUGCUAUGGCCCAGGCGGCCAGUGGGGGAUACGAGAUCCCUGCUCGGCUACGCACCCUCCACAAUCUAGUCAUCCAGUACGCAUCCCAGGGUCGGUACGAGGUCGCUGUGCCCCUCUGCAAGCAGGCACUUGAGGACCUGGAGAAGACAAGCGGCCAUGACCACCCGGAUGUGGCCACCAUGCUUAACAUAUUGGCUCUCGUCUACAGAGAUCAAGGCAAAUAUAAAGAGGCCGCCAAUUUGUUAAACGAUGCCCUAGGCAUCCGUGAGAAAACUCUCGGACCAGAUCACCCGGCAGUUGCUGCCACAUUAAAUAACUUAGCUGUUUUAUAUGGAAAACGUGGAAAAUAUAAAGAAGCAGAGCCUCUUUGUAAACGGGCAUUAGAAAUUAGAGAAAAGGUUUUAGGAGAAGACCAUCCUGAUGUUGCUAAGCAACUUAAUAAUUUAGCGUUGUUAUGUCAGAACCAAGGAAAAUACGAGGAGGUUGAAAAAUAUUACACACGAGCAUUAAAAAUAUAUGAGAAAAAGUUAGGGCAAGAUGAUCCGAAUGUAGCGAAAACUAAAAACAAUUUGGCUUCAGCGUUUUUGAAACAAGGAAAAUACAAACAAGCCGAGUUAUUAUAUAAAGAAGUACUCACUCGGGCACAUGAAAAGGAGUUUGGAAAAGUAGGAGGAGAAAAUAAACCUAUCUGGAUGCAAGCAGAGGAGAGGGAAGAAAAUAAGGGGAAGUACAAAGAUGGGCAGACUCCACCGGAGUAUGGAGCAUGGCAUAAAACUACAAAAGUGGAUAGUGAGCCAUUUGGAACAUCCAAUCCAACGGUCACAACUACACUCAAGAACCUGGGUGCCCUGUAUCGUCGCCAGGGUAAAUGUGCUGCCGCAGAUAUGUUAGAAGAGUGGGCUGUACGCUCCAAGAAAAACGCCAUUGAUGUUGUCAGACAGACGAAAGUAGCAGAAGUUCUAGGCAGCGAGUUUGCUAAAGAAAACAAUAAGGAUUAUCAGCGUCGUUCGAACAGUCGAACGACCGACCGGUUCCGUCGUGAUUCAUCUGAUAAUCUGUAUGAUCGCAGUAAUGGGGAGGGAGAAGAACCUGGCAAAAUAAAACGGAGUGGCUCACUGUCAAAAUUACGGGCUUCUAUAAGAAGAAGUAGUGCAAAAUUGGUGCAGAAACUUAAAGGAAAGGCAGAUCCUGACAAUGGAAGUUGGGCCCCUGACUUUUACAGUCAGGGGCCAGAGCCCAGUUAUGUCUCAGGGCGAGGUCCCACAGCAGUGGUUCCAAGCAUGAAAAGAGCAAGCUCCUUGUCAGUGCUCAACAUAAACAGUAAAGAAGACAAACUGCAUGAGGCCCCUCCCUCUGGGGAGCUGGUGCGAGUGUCCUCCUGGGGGGACUGGGAGGUCGUGCACUGCUCCCGCCAGUAUAAACUGGGCCCCGCCAAGGGGGCCACACCCCUUGACUCAUCCAGGCCCCCACCCACAGGCAGGAAAGCCGAAGAUCCUUUGGUGAUUUAAGUGUUCGAGGUCGAACGGCGAGCUCAGAUCAGCUGGCACAUCGGCCGUUUUGAACAUAGCUUAAUAAUAUCUAGACUUCAUGCAUAUCUUGUUGACAUGGUAAUAUCAUGCCAACACCUUUUAUUAAAUUGGCUGAGAAUUUAAAACAUGGGAAGAGGUUAUGUUUGAUGACCCCAGUACAAAGAACAAUAUGUUUACUGUUGCAAGUAUGGGUACUCUGCAUUGUUCUUAGUAUUGGGAUGAACAGAACUAGUUGUUAGACAAUGUAAAUCCAGCCCAUACUUGUUUCAUAUUCUUGUGGUAUACUCAUCGUAUUCAUGGGUGAUUAUUUGUUACUAUGAUCAUCAAUUGUUCAGCUUUUUGUCAUCCAACAUCGUGCAACAUUCCUUGUUCAUGCUUUUGUUUGUGAUUUACAUACCUACCUGACACACAAGUUUCUAUCUGAAAUGGAUGAAAUGUUUUCAAUUAAGGAUGUUCAUACUAUUGGAGUUUUCAUUUAAUGUCAUGUUAACCUUUCUUAUUUGUAACCAAUCAAUCAUUCAUCAUGUCUGAUAUUCUGUGGUUCCAUUCACAGUUUAGGAUUAGUGGAAGGAAUCUAUUGUAUCUACUAACAGGAUCACAUGAGAAGGUGUUCAAAAUGCUUGUAAAUGCAUUCAGAUAGGUCCUGAUAAUUCAGAACACACAAUUGUCUGUACAAUGUACUGACUAAUUAAAUGUAAAUGAUCUGUAAUACCUAAGCUAUCCUGGUACUAAAAUUGGAUUGUCAUGGUACAGUUACUGCUGUUUGAAGCCUUUGGUGUGAGACAAUACCUUGAGCAUCUUAUGUUUCCAACCAAGUGUAACAAUUGCCAUGAAACAGUUUUAGUAAAGAGUGGUACUGAUCCUUAUUCAAAUUAAUAUGAAUGCUUUAUUAGAAUACAGAAAUAAUGCAAAACAUGUCCUUGUUUAUUGGUGCAAAAUUCAUGAAAUUUGCUUGGAAUACUAGUUAAUAAUAUCUCUGUUAUAAACAUUUCCAAUAGCCUGUUGAUGAAUGUUUGCACAAAAAUCAGUAAUUCUGUCCAUUUAUUAUUAUUUACCUUGUUUCUGAAGAGUGCUUGGGAAUUGUCAUGGGCAAAAGAAAAAGUUAGCUGUGAUAGUCUUUGAUCUAUGAUCAGACUAGCCUGACUUGUUUCUUUAAUUCUGUGAAUCCGUUUGCACUGCAAAAACAGUAUGCAGAAUCUAUCGUAUAAAACAUUUACUGAGUUUAUUUUUAAGAUUUGUGUUAUUAUAAAGGGGAUGCUUUACAAGGGACAUUUGCAUGGCAGGGGACAAGAUUUAGUUCAGUCAUAAAGAUUAAUUGAAUACAUCAUAACUGACACAACAUCAUAAUUGGUAUUUAAUUGACAUUACAACUAUACUGGCAUUGAAUAUGCUUCAGGUACAUUUCUUGUUGAAAUUAUUCCCUGAUAAUAUACAACAAUGGUAUUGUCAUGGCCCAGUGACUGUUGGAAGCCUCUGUUGUGCGACAAAAAACAACUUUUGGAUUGGCAACCAAGUCUUAAUAAUAUCCAUGAAACGAUUUUAGUAAUAUUAAAGAAGGGAAUAAUUAUACUACAUCGAUGUAAAUACAAAAGAAUGUCUGCACUUUAGAUCACUACAAAUAUACAGAAAAUUUCCUUUAAUAAGGUUUGUUUUAAAGUAUAAUUAUUAUACAAAAGUUAGAAACAUUUCCACCUGCCUGUUGUAAAUGUUUGUUUGAAAUGCCAUUAUCAAUAGAGCCUAUGCUCAUGGGUGGAUUCAGUAUGUGAACAAUAAUAAACAUGUUAUGGUUAAGUAGAUCCACUGGAAAACUUGUGUAUCAUGGUGUUUACUGUAAGACACAUUGUAAGAAAGCAUUGUCAUGACAUAUUGUUGACAUAAACAUUUGUAGCACUGAGCAUUUGAAGAAAUGUUAUUUAUUUGUUAUAGUUUAAUGGUCUCAUUAUUUAUUUGAUGUUCUCAUGCUGCUUGAUCAUCAAAUACAGUGUCACAUAAUCUGUGCAUAUUUUUGUUAUAUUGUGAUUUAGUAAAUUUGUCAUAUGAAAUUGGUAAAUAGAUACAUCUAGGAAUAAAGACACAAAUAAAAUAUAAUACUGCUAUGCAACAUAUAGCUAGACAAGUAAUGAUAAUGUACUGUUGGGAUUCUUAUAGUUUGCAAAUGAAUUUAUGAACAAUUUGUUAAUUUGAUUACUUAACACAGUAGGUGAUUAAGCACACAUCAUGCUUUUGUGAUAAUAUUGCCUUAUUGCUUUGUUGUAUUAAAAGAUUGACAAUUUGGAAACUAAGGAAACAUUUAAACAAAUACAGCAGUAUUUUUCAGUCCACAUUUAUUUAAUAAUUAAUUAAAAAGACCAAUGUGUCCAAUCUAUCAAUUUAUAAUUUUUAAAAUGAAAUUGAACAUUCUUUAAUGAUACAAUACUAACCAAUAAUUUUUUUUACGAAAAUAUACUAUAUAAAUAUAUCCAAUAUUUAUACUAAAUUUUAAUAGCACACCUUGAAUUUACAUAUAGACACGUUAUUGUAUGCUUGCCAGUUUGCCAUUCUCUCUAUGUUUUGAUUAUGCAGUAGGCUUAAUAAUAUAAUGUUUAUUUAAUAAUUUGUAAAUACUGUACAUUGCAAUAUGCUGGGUAUUCUGUACUUUUUACAUUUUUGUCUGCAUAUUUGAACAAGGAUGUGGUCAUGUGUGAAAGAACAUGUGUGAUGUAGCUACAAAUGUAUUUGCUUAUAACUAGUGCAAUGUAUUAAUAUUAUAAUAUGUUAUUGAUCUGUUUUCAGAUUUGUCAAUACUUGAAUUAGAUUCCAUUUUCCAUAUAGAUUGUUAGUGUUAACAUUUAUCUAUUUACAUAAAAUAAUAUUAAAUAAUUAAAGGCUCACUUGCAACACAUGCAAAAUCAUUGGUGCAGUUCUGUCUUGUUGUUAUUACAAACUGUAUAAUGAUCUGUUUAUAAUGGAUAUGAUAUUAUAAAAAGACAUGACUUUACAAACUGUUUACUGGUACUGAACUGGAACUACAUUUAUACUGUGUGCACACCAUUUGUGGAUGUAUAUUUAUGUACUGACAGCAGUUUGUUAAAUCUAUAAGUGUGAUACACUACUCUUAUGUAUAAUGUUUUUGAAAGUGCUUGAUAAUCACUGUUCAGAUUAUCGCAGUGAUGAAAUUGAUGUCUUAAAACAUGCAUUGGUGGUUGGAUUUGUGUUAGCAAAUACAUUUAUGUAACAAAUUGCAUAUUCAAUAGGGGCCUUGCCAUGUGAAAAUGGAUCUUUUGCCAUAAGUGGCAAUCGUAGCUCCAGACCAGCCUGUAAUCUUGUAUUCUGUUUUUGAGCUAUACUAUCGGUAAAUGAGACAGCGAAACAUUGCAUGACUUUAUAGCAGAGAGCAUAGCUCCUGACCAGAAUGCUCGAAUGUGCAGACCAAUUUUUUCAAGACAUGGCUCUUUUGACAAAAGCAAGUAUUUUAAGGUAGUUUAAAUGCAUUUAAAUUUUUAGAACACACAUUAGCAAUAUGAGGUGAGAGAUAUGUGCAUGACACCUGAAGAUACAUUAAUCAAUGUGGAUUUGUAAACUUAAUAUAAUAUAUAUAUGAUAAGUUCUGCCUAUGUUCAAUUAAAAAAAUCAGUGUGCAAAUAAAAUCCAGCAAGUCAUUCCAUGUACUAAAUGGACAACUUAUGGUCAAACGUUUGAGGUAUGUUUGCUUGGUACAAGGUUUUGUUACAUUUAUUUAUGUUAUUCUAUAAACACUACUGGUUCAAUGCUGUUUGUGUCAAUAUGCUGAGUGUGUUGUUGUGCCUAUGUUUAUUUAUUGAAAUAUCAAUUACAACAUAAUGAACAAAAA